AUGCAGAGAAGUGGGAAGGAAAACAGGAUGCAGAGAAAAGGUUUUGAGAACAGGAUGCAGAGUAAAGUGUUAGAGAAAUGGAUCCAGAGAAAAGGGUCGGAGAACAGGAUGCAGAGCAAAGGGUUAGAGAACAGGAUGGAGAGUAAAGGGUUUGAGAACAGGAUGCAGAGAAAAGGGUUGAAGAACAGGAUGCAGAGUAAAGGGUUGGAGAACAGGAUGCAGAGAAAAGGGUUGGAGAACAGGAUGCAGAGUAAAGGGUUGGAGAACAGGAUGCAGAGAAAAGGGUUGGAGAACAGGAUGCAGAGUAAAGGGUUGGAGAACAGGAUGCAGAGAAAAGGGUUAGAGAACAGGAUGCAGAGAAGUGGGUUGGAAAACAGGAUGCAGAGAAAAGGUUUGGCAAACAGGAUGCAGAGAAAAGGGUUGGAGAACAGGAUGCAGAGAAAAGGCUUGGAGAACAGAAUGCAGAGUAAAAGGCUCAAAUGUCCUGGGAUUCCUGGUCCUGGGUUCCCUGAUCCUGGGUUUCCUGAUCCUGGGUUUUCUGAUCCUGGGUUUCCUGAUCCUGGGUUUUCUGAUCCUGGGUUUCCUGAUCCAGGGUUUCCUGAUCCUGGGUUUCCUAAUCAUGGGUUUCCUGAUCCAGGGUUUCCUGAUCCUGGGUUUCCUGAUCCAGGGUUUCCUGAUCCUGGGUUUCCUGAUCCAGGGUUUUCUGAUCCUGGGUUUCCUGAUAUCUGA